UUGUUUACAUUUUUCGUUGCGAUUUCUAGAGAAAAAAAACAUUAUUUAGAUCGUUUUAAACAAUUGUUAAACGUUUUUAAUAGAAUAAAUAUGGAUAUUGGGGAAUUGUUAUCGUUUAAGCCAGAAUCUACGCCUAAAAGACCACACGAGGAUGAUGACUAUGGUGGUUCACCGGAACAUCCUGCAACUCGGCAAGACGAAAAAUCCAGACGUUUUAAACGUAUAGCACAGGCCAAAGAAACGGCUGAUUUUGCUAAACCAGAACCACCACCUUUGACUGGGGUAGCUGCGAUUUUAAUGGAUCCCGAAUUGACGGAGGAGGAACGCAUUAAUAUCUUAAAAUAUGUUGAGAGCGAAGAAGCCGAGGGUGAAGUCUUAGAUGAGCAGGGCUUAAAAAAGCUAUUGUUAGUUUUUGAGAAGAAAAACUUAAAGAAUCAAGAGCUAAGAAUCAAAUAUCCCGAUAAUCCGGUUAAAUUUAUGGAUUCAGAGUUGGAGUUGCAUGGAGUUAUACAGGAAUUAAAAGCAGUGGCUACUGUGCCGGAUUUGUAUCCCGUUUUGGUAGAAUUAAAUGGCAUACCCAGCUUAUUAGAGCUCUUAAAUCAUCCGAAUACAGAUAUUGCGGUGGCAAUUGUGGAUUUGUUGCAAGAAGUGACAGAUGUGGAUAUUUUGGGUGAAAGUAGUGAGGGAGCUGAGGUACUUAUAGAAGCUUUACGCAAGCAACAGGUGACUGCACUUUUGGUGCAAAACUUGGAUCGUCUUAAUGAGCAAGUUAAAGAAGAGGCCGAUGGUGUACACAACACUUUAUCGAUUAUUGAAAAUUUAACAGAAAUAAAUAGCGAUGUUGUGCGUGAAGCUGCCGAACAGGGUUUACUAAGUUGGAUUUUGAAAAGACUUAAACAAAAGCCUCCCUAUGAUGCCAACAAACUAUACUGCAGUGAAAUCUUGUCUAUACUUAUACAGACAAAUAAUGACAACAGACUUAUGUUGGGCGAAGUAGAUGGCAUUGAUAUUUUAUUGCAACAAUUGGCUUUUUAUAAAAAACAUGAUCCCGCCUCUACGGAAGAGCAGGAAUAUAUGGAAAACCUGUUCAAUUGUAUGUGUUCUGCUCUAAUGACCAAAGAAAAUCGAGAACGUUUUUUAAAGGGAGAAGGUCUACAGUUGAUGAAUUUAAUGUUGAGAGAAAAGAAAAUGUCUAGAAAUGGUUCUUUAAAAGUACUGGAUCACGCCAUGUCUGGACCAGAUGGUAGAGAUAAUUGUAAUAAAUUUGUGGAUAUCUUGGGAUUGCGCACAAUUUUCCCAUUGUUUAUGAAAACACCUAAGAAAAGCAAACGUUUAUUGUCUGCCGAUGCCCAUGAGGAACAUGUUUGUGCGGUAAUAGCCAGCAUGUUGAGAAAUUGCAAGGGAGCUCAGCGUCAAAGGCUGUUGUCGAAAUUUACCGAAAACGAUCAUGAAAAGGUGGAUCGUUUAUUGGAGUUACAUUUGAAGUACUUGGAAAAAGUGGAAGCUGUUGAUAGGGAAAUAGAUCAACAGCAAAAGGAUCAUGAUGAAGACGAAGAUGAGGAAGCUGAAAAUAAUUAUAUUAAACGUUUAACGGGUGGUUUAUUUACUUUACAAAUGAUUGACUAUAUAAUUUUGGAAAUCAGUUCUACCACUGAAAGCAUUAAACAGCGCGUGGUUCAAAUUCUCAAUUUGAGAGGUGCCUCUAUGAAGACCAUACGUAGUAUAAUGCGUGAAUAUGCUGGCAAUUUGGGUGAUGAUGGCGAUACAGAUUGGAAAGAACAGGAACAAUCUCACAUUUUAUCGUUAGUGGAUCGUUUUUAAUUUAAUGUUAAUGGAUAUUUAUGAUCGAAAUAAAAAUUCCAAAAAUAAAAAAACAAAAAA